AUUUUUCCCUCAUCAGCAAUCAUCCGAAAUGCUACUGAACCCUUGACUGCACAUCAGUGGGCUAGUUAGUCUCCAUAUUGGGCUUAUCUCGACCCUGGGGCCUGGGAACUGGUAUGCAACCAAACCUAAACCGCAAAUAUUAUCGCAAUACCCAGACUCCCAACGACGCUAUUUCCACAAGCCCUUUUUUUCCUUCCUUUUUCUGUUUCUGUCCCUAAUUAAUUGAAACUAGAACCAACAAUCUUGAACUCACGCCAUCCUGACAUCUAACGCUUAUCCUUUUCCAUGCCAGUUUCGUUUGAAACAAGUUCUACCACCCAAUCUAGACCACCCUCAGACCAUCCGGCCAAGCUUGACUAGGUCAGAUCUUGGAGUGCAGCACACUCAAUCGGCAUGUGUUUGAUUAGUUCCUCUGGAGCAGCCUCUACAAUGCGCUCAGAGGGUCACGUCCUCCAUCUGCGGGCUUGCAAUUGCCAUGGUGGCGUUUCGAUUGGCCUCAACUCCCGGCUGAGGGAUGGAAUUCCUUGUCGGUUCUUUCGAAGAUCUUUGAGGCUGUGGUCGAUAGGAGUCAAAAUGCAGACUCACUGUGAUCACAACAAACGACAGAAGCAACUACAGUCACCGUCAUCACGCAGUUGCAUCAGCCAGUGAAGCCAAGGAACUCCCGAUUCGAUAGCUCACUGGCCAAGCCAUCAUGAAGAUCGAUGCAGCAACAUAUCAACGAGCAAAUAAAGACCCUCCUGCCCUAUUCCUACCCACAUCCCCGUUGAAAUCACCUCAGCGAAUCAGUAUCAACCCAGUUGCAUACAUCACCAGCACAGACCCUUAUACUACUGUACACUACCGGGAGAGGCCGUUUUGGUCUGUCACAUCUCAGGCCAGCAAAUACAUGUGCAACGGCCUGUGAUCAAGAGGAAGAGUGCAGCCGCCCGGGUGCCUUUUUCCCGUUUUUCUUAACAGCUUGCGCGCCGUUCCGUGGUAAUCUGCAGCUAAGGGGCUCGUGAUCACCCUCGCUCGGACGUUUGGUUAUUUCAACUAAUCCUGCAGCAUGGCUGAGGCGCCGUCUUGGCUGGACGACAGGGACAGAGGUGGAUUUUGGAGAGGUUGACUUGCUAACGCUUCUUGGUGUUUGCCUAUGUCUGGGCAUGCGAAAUGAAUUCAUUCCAUGUGAUCACUUUAUUGUGAAGUUACUGUCCAGGAGCUACAUAUCUUGAAGUUCGUAUUUUUGAAUUUGCUCUGGAAUACUAACUAUUUUAGAUCUCCCACUUAAUUAGUUUACUAGAUAUGUGUCCUGAACCAUAAGUAAACGGUCGUGAAGGCUGCAGAUGCAAUAUUGGACAUUUUGACUUUGUUAAC